AUGAUCAACAUCUUCGCACCGCAGUCCGUCCAGAUCGGUGGUGCGUGGAAUAAGUGUCGGGCACAUUCCUAGACAAACAUGACAGAAGGCACAGAGUUAGUUGAGAUUAAUCUCAACCCGCCAACAACUCCCGAGGAAAGAAGCAACAACAUAAUCGGGAACAUACGUCUGGCUCGAGGCGCCAAUCUUCCCUUCAUUGAUAAUGCCACCGAUGAAGAAUUCGAAGCCAAACAAGCGAAUCAGCUGCAAUGGGCUCCAAAAUCAACAGCCGAAGACGGCAAGCCCCAUCUGAGAUACUUUGCGGUCGGUCCAAGUUCCUACUACGUCAAAUGUCCACUUUGUGGAGCUCGAGCUGAUACCGAGACAGUUCAUAUGUCUGGAGUUUUUGGGCAGCUGAACUCGAUGUUAGCAGUUUUGUCAUGCUGUUUUCCAAUAUUUUCCCUGUCGUUUCUGUACUGCUGUCUAUCGAGUCAAUAUAAGAGCAAACGAAUGUUUUGCAAUAAGUGCGGUGGCCAUUUGAGCUUUUACGAUCGGCCGGUGUGAGAUUUUGUUUUGAAAUUCAACUUUUUUUUACUUUUAAAUAUUUAUUUUGAACGUAUACACCAACAAUAAACAAUGGAUAGAAAAUAAAACUCAAAAAUAAAACA